AUGGUUUUUAGCAAAAUUAUUUCUUAUUUCGUAGCAUUACUUGAACGCUCAAAUUUCGAUAUAAUCUAUUUGGCAUGGUUAUGGACGUUAUUUAAACCACUAUGCAUUGCUCUAUUAACGUUAUUCCUUCUACCAGCUAUUAUCCUUUUAUUUAUGUACGGUUCGUCAUUAUUUUGUUUAAUUUACAAACAUUGGAACCGAUUGAAAGCUGCAUACUCGGAAGAUCUUUGGUAUGGAGCUAUAAAAACAUUGGCUGUGUUUUGGGAGUUACAGGCGACUAUAUGGCAUGGUUAUGAAGUCGAAGGCUUGGAGAAUAUUCCAAGUGAAGGCCCAGCUCUCAUUGUUUUCUAUCAUGCUACUCUUCCAUUGGAUUUCUACUACGUUUUUGCAAAGAUUUGGCUGUAUCGUAAUCGGCGAGUCCGAGUAGUGGCUGAUAAGUUUGUUUUCAAAAUACCUGGUCUGGCUACGCUCUUGGAAGCGCUUGAAAUUCAACCAGCAACAUCUGCGAUGUGUAAAUUAAUGCUCGAAGAAGGACACAUACUUGCUGUGUCACCUGGCGGUGUCAGAGAAGCUCUUUUUGGUGAUCAAAAUUACCAACUGAUAUGGAAAGAAAGAAAAGGAUUUGCCAAAGUUGCAAUCGAUGCGAAAGCUCCUAUCAUCCCAAUGUUUACAAAAAAUUGUCGAGAGGUGGUACGAGCGAUGACAAUCGGUCGCCGCUUUCUCAGUUACAUCUAUGAAAAAACUCGUCUACCACUAGUGCCUAUCUAUGGAAUAUUUCCAGUAAAAAUGAUUACAUACCUUGGCGAACCUAUUCCAUAUGAUCCUGAAGUUACACCAGAUGUACUUGCUCAACAAGUGAAAACUCGAAUUGAAAAAAUGAUCGAAACUCAUCAACGACGCCCAGGUAGCAUUACACGAGCAUUUCUAGAUCGUUUUACCAAGAACUCGAAGCAAAAUUAA